GUUUCACCCCUGAACCUCCCCCAUGUAAGAUAGUGGUCCGCUCCCUCUAGCGGAAGUGCGUGCACUCAAGCGCACCCUGGAUUUCGUAGGGGGAAAGCGAGAGAAAGUUGAUUCCACCUGGAGCAACUUGACGUGACUUGUUAACAUUCGGAGGGAACCAAAUUCGACCACAAAAUGAGGCGGAAAGAGAAGAGAUUGUUGCAGUUUGCUGGUUUACUUAUUGCAGCCCUUCUUUUCUUACCGAACGUGGGUUUGUGGUCCUUAUAUCGAGACCGAAUGUUUGAAAACUCGCCCGAAUUAGUGGAAGGACCGGGCGGCAUCUCUAAAAUGCAGAAGGCAUUGAGAGCGGACGGCCCGCGGAGGAUCGACUGGCACGACAGCGAGGCCAUCAGAAGAGAUGCAGCACGCACAGGUAAUGGAGAACAGGGUAAACCGUUUCCCCUGACCGACGCGGAUCGAGUGGAUCUGGCGUACCGGGAGAAUGGCUUUAAUAUUUAUGUCAGUGACAGAAUAUCACUCAACAGAUCGGUGCCGGACAUCAGACAUCCAAACUGUAAGAAUAAGCUGUAUGCUGAUAAGCUGCCCAACACCAGUGUCGUGAUUCCCUUCCAUAAUGAGGGGUGGUCAUCGCUGCUCAGGACUGUCCACAGCAUCCUCAACCGGUCCCCUCCUCAGCUCAUCGCAGAGAUCGUUCUGGUGGACGACUUCAGCGAUAAAGAACACCUGAAGUCUUCUCUGGAGGACUACAUGUCCCGGCUGCCAAAGGUCCGUAUCCUGCGCACCAAGAAGAGGGAAGGGCUGAUCAGGACGCGCCUGCUUGGGGCAGCCGCCGCCAAGGGCGAAGUCAUCACAUUCCUGGACUCGCACUGCGAGGCCAACGUCAACUGGCUGCCUCCACUGCUGGACCGUAUUGCCCACAAUCGGAAGGCAAUCGUGUGCCCAAUGAUCGAUGUGAUCGACCACGACAACUUUGGCUAUGAGACCCAGGCAGGGGACGCCAUGCGGGGGGCCUUUGACUGGGAGAUGUACUACAAGCGCAUCCCUAUUCCGGCACAGCUGCAGAAGAACGACCCCAGUGAACCUUUUGAGUCCCCUGUAAUGGCUGGUGGUCUGUUCGCAGUGGACAGGAAGUGGUUCUGGGAGCUGGGAGGAUAUGACACAGGACUGGAAAUCUGGGGAGGGGAGCAGUACGAGAUCUCAUUUAAGGUGUGGAUGUGUGGGGGUCGGAUGGAGGACGUCCCCUGCUCCAGGGUUGGACACAUCUACAGGAAGUAUGUGCCUUACAAGGUUCCUGGAGGCGUCAGCCUAGCUAAGAAUCUGAAGCGUGUGGCUGAGGUGUGGAUGGACGAGUAUGCUGAGUUCAUCUACCAGCGGCGUCCGGAGUACCGGCACCUGUCGGCGGGAGACACCAGCAGCCAGAAGGACCUGCGCGCCCGGUUGCAGUGCAAGAACUUCAAGUGGUUCAUGACGGAGGUGGCCUGGGACCUGCCCCGCCAUUACCCCCCAGUAGAGCCCCCCGCGGCGGCCUGGGGACAGAUGAAGAAUGUAGACUCUGGGUUGUGUAUGGAGACAAAGCACUUUGCCUCUGGGUCUCCUGUGCACCUGGAGGUGUGUCUACAAGGCCAUGGAGACACUGGCUGGACCCACGGACAGGUGUUCACGUUUGGCUGGAGGGAGGACAUCCGGGUGGGCGACCCGCUGCACACCAAGAAGGUCUGCUUCGAUGCCAUCUCCCACAACAGCCCCGUCACGCUCUACGACUGCCACGGCAUGAAGGGCAAUCAGCUGUGGCGCUACAGGAAGGAUAAGAGUGUGUACCACCCGAUCAGUAACAGCUGCGUGGACAGCAGCGCGGCGGAGAAGCGUGUGUACAUGAACACGUGCGACUCCGGCUCUGCCAGCCAGCAGUGGCACUUUGAGAAGACCAACUCCACCGUGCUCCAGCGCUUCAACUUAAACCAGCACUGACCCACUUGUACUACAGAGCAGCACUGAGCGUGUGUUGAACACGCAGAGGCUGGGGAGUGUUGGGCAGGGGAUGUUAAGCUGAGACUACUGAAAGUAGACGGCCCCUGAAGAGAACAGGGCUGAAGGGACUCCGAGCGACCUAUGGGGUUAUUCCGUCUCUCCAUGGUUGGCGGUGGCAUUUUCUACUUGGGUUUGUUCCGUGCGUGACCCCCCACCGAUUGAUCUCUGGGCUUCACCUCCACAAAUGUGUCCCUCAAAAGCGUGGUCCUGCAUUUCCUUCCUUGCUAUGAAGAACAGGCCACCCUUUUUUCAUGGUGUCUUCCAUGGCCUCAAGAUCACUCUUCCAUGGCCUCAAGAUCACUCUUGAUUUUCCAGUUGUGUGUGUGCUGCAUUGUCCACCCAUGAGUGUCAUGUGUCGUCAUAGUGUGUCAGUAUGUAUGGACCACACCGAAAGUGGACAUUACAUACGUACUCUGUCCAUAUGUGUUUUUCUUUUUCUUGUCAUUCACCUUUUUUAUGUGUCCCUUGCAGGGCGGUAGCUAGAGUCAACAUGUUUACACAUAAGUGUAAGGCCAUAUUGGUGUGUUGGCAUCGUUGAACCUCACUAAAGGCCGUCCACACUUCCAACAAUACAAUAAAAAUACUGAAAAUACUAAAGUUUAAAAAAAAGAAUGGCAAUGUCCACACCACUCAUAACAUAACAAUGUCCACACCACACACUAUAACAGUAACGAUAUGAUGAACGAUAUCGUUGAGCAUCACUUUCACACUGUUGUGUGAAUGAUAAAAACACUGACAGCCAAUCAGAAUCCAUCAAAUUUAAAGGCAUCACAUUUAAACUUUAUAUUUCUUAUUUUCAUUAUCGCUGGACGCUCAUGUCGUUGUAGUUACAGUUGUCGUUAUAGUACAGUUAUCACUGGCAGUUGAACAGGCCUCCGAGGUAUUUGUUUGUUUUGCCUUUUCUCCUAUUGCUCUCCUUCCUGCCUUCCUUCUUUUUUUUUUUCUCUGUGACUGAGCCACAGAGAUGGGGCAAAGAGCCGUCUGGAAAAAUUAGGGGGCGGCGGCGGCAUCAUAUCUCCGUCAGGUCUUGAGUCUUCAUCUCUGUGCACCAUUGAAACUGUGCUGCCCCAAGCGUCAGCGAGUGCUCGUGUCCACCCGUGUCUGUGUCCGUGUGUUAUGGAGGGUAUGUCCACCCAUGUCUGUGUCCAUGUGUUAUGGAGGGUAUGUCCACCCUGUCUGUGUCCAUGUGUUAUGGAGGGUUUCAAAAGGAUAAGUUCUCCCGUUAUCCCAUUACUGUAAAUGUAAAAGUUAGUGAACGUGUAGUGAAAACAGUGUGUGUGUUUUAAAUGACUGAUGAAGCGGAAUGAAGUCACAGUGCCUUACAGCUUAAAAACGGCUUCAGCUUGUGUGUUUCUUGUGCAGCACACAAGAUAUUUGUAUGAUAUGGAGGCUGUGUGUGUGUGUGUCUGUGUGUAUCUGUCUUUUGAGUCUGAGUUAUGAGUCUGUGUUGGUAAGAAACACUGGUUGCAUCUCUUCAUAGAAACCAAAUUGGUCAGAUUGUGGAGCAACCUUAAAGGUCUUGCAAAUAAAUUAUGAGAUCUGUGUCAAAUUGAUGCAAAUCCUCAAUCUUAUAUUUGAAGUGUGUCCCAAGCACAUGGAGAUGCCCCCAGCAGUGUACCUUCAAACAUUUGAAGCGACUUGUAGAGGACUCAUUAAACUAUGUCACAACCGACUUCAAGUACAGACGAUGGGAACUGGCAUCUGUUUAUUUGAGUAAAAAUAGAGAAAAGUGGUGCUGCCAUACGGCCUGUCGGUACGUAUGCACAGAAGUAACCGCUCAGUGUUUUCAUUGUUUACAUUAUAAACAUAAAAAAACGGGCUAUACAUUUUUUGCUGUGGAUCUGCUCUGGAAAAGAAAACUUUUAUAGCUUUAGAUUAAAUGUAAAUAAUAAUAAUACAAUACAUUUAAGAAUUUCUUGUGCUUUAAAUCAUGAAUAGUGAAAUCAUUCAAUGAAAUCAUGACUUUUUUUUCUGGCUUCCCAUAAAAUUGAAAGUUGUGUCAGUACACUGCUGUACAAUCUGUUAAAGCAGUAGUGUGGUAACCUUGCCCCUGAAUGCCCACUUCCCCGCCUACAGUCACGUGCUUAUGCUUCAUGUUUUCAUAGAUUUCAUAUAGAUUUAGUAUUAAAGUCACACUAUGCAACAAUUUGACACUUUCUGAGGUAUGGUUUUAUAGGCAACUAGUUUUGGUACCAUCCUCAAA